AUUGUUGAGCUGUUGUGGGUUUGUGUUUCUGUAUUCAGUAAAAUGGCAGAAGCCAGAAUUUCUCAGGAUGAGUUCAUGUGUUCAGUGUGUCUGGAUCUCCUGAAGGAUCCAGUGACUAUCCAGUGUGGACACAGUUACUGUAAGAUCUGUAUUACAGACUGCUGGGAUCAGGAGGAUGAGAAGAGCGUCUACAGCUGCCCUCAGUGCAGACAGACCUUCAGUCCAAGACCUGCUUUAGCUAAAAACACCAUUCUGGCUGAACUGGUGGAGAAACUGAAGAAGACUCAACUUCCUGCUGACUGUUACGCUGGAGCUGGAGACGUGGAGUGUGACGUCUGUACUGGAAGAAAACACAAAGCCGUCAAGUCCUGUCUGGUGUGUCAGGAGUCUUACUGUCAAACUCAUUUUGACCGUCAUGAGGAAUUUCCCUCUCGUAAACCACACAAAGUGAUUGAUGCCACUGGACGACUGCAGGACAUGAUCUGCCGUAAACAUGAUAAAGAGCUAGAAAUGUUCUGUAUCACUGAUCAACAGUGCAUCUGUGUGUGGUGUAAAGAGAGUGAACAUAAAAACCACAACACUGUAUCAACUGCAGCACAGAGGACAGAGAAACAGAAACAGCUGAAGGAGACGCAGAUGAAGAUCCGUCAGAGAAUCCAGCAGAGACAGAAAGAUCUUCAUCAGCUGAGAGAGGAUGUGGAGUCUCAUAAGCGCUCUGCACACACAGCAGUGGAGGACAGUGAGAAGAUCUUCACUGAGAUCAUCCGCUCCAUUGAGAGAAGCCGCUCUGAGGUGACACAGCGGAUCAGAGAUCAGGAAAAGACUGCAGUGAGUCGAGCUGAAGGACGACUGGAGCGACUGGAGCAGGAGAUCAAUGAUCUGAGGAGGAGAGACGCUGAGCUGGAGCAGCUUUCACACACACAAGAUCACAUCCAGUUCCUGCAGAGUUUCCAGUCUCUCUCAGCUCCUCCUGAAUCUACAGACGAACCCGACGUUCCCUUCGGUUCUCUCUCCUCUUUUGAUGGCGUGAGAGAAUCUGUCCGUCAGCUGAGAGACAAACUGGAGGAUUUCUGCAAAGAGGAGAUCAAGAAGAUCUCAGACGGAGUCACUUUCACCAACAUGAAUCCCAAGACCAGGAACGACUUCCUACAAUAUUCCCAUCAGCUCACUCUGGAUCUGAACACAGUGAAUAAAUACAUCAGUCUGUCUGAGAGGAACAGAGUUAUUACUUACACUGACACACAGCAGUCGUAUCCUGAUCAUCCAGACAGAUUUGAUUAUUAUCCUCAGGUGUUGUGUAGAGAGAGUGUGUGUGGACGCUGUUACUGGGAGAUUGAGUGGAGUGGGAAUUAUGGUGUGUUUAUAUCAGUGUCAUAUAAGAGCAUCAGCAGGAAGGGACGGGGUCAUGAGUGUCUGUUUGGAUAUAAUGAUCAGUCCUGGAGUUUGCUCUGCUCUUCCUCCAGAUACACAUUCUGGCACAAUAAGAUACGCACUCGUCUCCCUGUAAAGUCCAUCAGCAGAAGAAUAGGAGUGUGUGUGGAUCACAGUGCAGGAACUCUGUCCUUCUACAGCGUCUCUGACACAAUGAGCCUCAUCCACACAGUCCAGACCACAUUCACUCAGCCGCUCUAUCCUGGGUUUGGGGUUUAUUCUGGAUCAUCAGUGAAACUGUGUUGAUGUUUCAGAACAGAUAUAGAGAGAUUUUACCCAUAAUACUUUGAGCCG